AGCAAGAGGGGGUUUGCACUAGAGCUAAUGGGUGGGUAUUGGCAAGUACCUCUCAGUACGUGGGCUGCUGACUUCUGUGACAGAGGUAAACUCCGUGGGUGCCAAGCAGAGGCACUGCUGCAUUUUGCAGGUGUUUGAUUCACUCUCUAGCUCCAGACAGCAGGUAAUGGAUGGGUGGCUAAGGUAGUCAGGUGCUGGUGCAUGCUGGCACUGCUGUAUAACCAGGCAGCAUGAUGGCACCCCAUGCAGCCAGUAUAACAGGCUGGCAAAGCCAGACUCAUUGGUCCAAACAAACCCCUUCAGCUGCAGGUGCAAGGUGUUCUCAGUGUCUACAAAGUGGAUGUAGGCACCUGUUCUGCUGUCUGUUGAAAACCUGCAGGUUGCUGGAUCACGUGCACAAGUCUUAGGUGCAAUGCAAGCAGCCAGUGUAUACCCUGUGUGACAUAGAGCCUCAUUCAUGCAGGGCUUUGGAGCAGCACAUUUCUUCAUCUGACAGCAACCAUCUGCUGUGGCUGCAAGGUCCCACACUGCUUGGCAGCUGGGCUCGCAUGCUGGGGUAGCAGCAGCUCUGCAUUUCUCCCAGCCAUGCUCUGGAGUGUGCCUAAGUGCCAGUUGACACCUGGGUGGUUUAGAUGUGAGUGUCAAAGGGCUCAAGGCUGUGCUCCAAAUUCAAUAUAGAGCUACCUGGUGGCUCCCUCUCACUGUGCAGCAGGGGGGAAAGGAGGAAGGCUGCAUGAGGAAUGGGAUGAAGAGUGUACAUCCAUCCUCUAUAACUGUAAUGCCAUGGUAGACAGGAGGAAGCUUCCUUGGGCUACUGUAUUUGCUUCUGUCUUCCCUGCUGUGAAAUCAGUAGACAUCCAAGGAUGGGUGCUGACCCAAAUUAGGGCUACAGGAAAAUUUCCCUAUGCAGGGGCUAAAAGUCCCACUAGUUCCGAGUGGAAACUAGUGAAAUGCCGCAUGAUAGAGAUGUGCAGAGCAAUUCCUGGCUUAGAGAUAAGUCUGUUCUUCUGCUCACCCCCUCACAAGAUGUUCAAAGAAAUGGAAAGACAACUCAUUUCACUCUGAUAAACUGACACACUUCUCACAGAGCCAGCAAACUGGUUUCUGCAGGUGGACAAGAUGCCCUGCUGGCCAACAAUUUCAGAUGGCUCACAAAGGAUCAGGUAUUGAUAUGAAAAACAAGGAUACCCAAAACUGAAGUAAAAAAUGUUGGCUUAAAUAAGAUAAAAGAUGGCAUGAUUCUUGGACAUCUACUUUGGGGUUCAGGUAAAGAAUGGUGGCAAGGAGUUUUUAUUUUCCUGUCCCUACUUUGAAACCAGUUUUGGCAUUAUUCACAACACCAGGAGGACCAAGUCUUCAAAUCAAGGCCUUGCACCAUCACUGCUGGCAUAGCUUAGGGUGUAGCACAUCUCCCUGUCCCACCUCCGAAGCACCAUGAAGGAUGAAGUGCCAUGGAAGGCUGCGGGUCACCUGUGUCUGGGCACUGGUGUUGGCAGCCACAUACAAAGCUGUAGGAAAAGUAGCCAUGUCCUGGAAGGCUGAUUACAGAGCACCUCUCUUGCCAGGGUUCCAAAAUGCAAGGGUGGAAAGCGCAGGAUUGGUGAUCAUCUGAAACUGCUCCCCCUCCCUCCCUCCAUCUGUUGCUCUGAGCCCCCUGGGGAAGCCCUCUGAAAUAGACAGCACUAAGUAAGUCCUCCCUCGGUGUUUGGGUGUUUGACCAUAGGCCUCCUUCCUUGUGUUUCUCUCAAAAAGGCAUUGAAGAGCCCUGACUGAAGGCUCUGUGCAAUGGACUAGGUUUGGGUCAGGGGCUCAGCCCUGCCACUGCCUCCCUCAGCAACCUGCUCUGGGACUCUGGGUUGUCUCCCAGAGAGCUGGCAGCAGGCGAGAGCUGUGUGUGCCAGGGUGUGACAGCAUGUGCCAGUGCACUGUCGAGCCAAUGGGGCUGAUACCCAUUUGUGUAUUUUGGUAACUCUGCCAAUGUGGUUCUGCCAUUCAGCGCUACUUGCACAGGCACCAAGUGUACCUUCUGCACAGCUCCUCUGUCCCCUCCUGCACAGUCACUCUGCCCCAUGCUCCCUGUCCUCCCCCCGCUGCCUCCGAUGUGCUGGGCUCCAGCACCGCUUGUACCAGCACCACACAUGCCUGGGCACAAGCUCACUGCAUGUGAGCCCGUCAGUGCAACUGCUUGUGCUGAACACCUCCCCCGAGAAUGUUACGUGAGCUAAAGGAUUUGGCAAGCUCUUGUUCCUAUCAAAUGGGAUGGAGAAAAUGGAAAACUGUGUACACACCCCCAUAAAACAAAAAUGAAGCAGAGCCCAUUGGGGUGAAAGCACAGUACUAGCAUGAAUGUUGUUUACAGCCAUCUCCUGCUGAGACAGGUGUCUCAGAGUCUGUCUGCAAGAAUACACCCUAAAUAAGCUGUACUCAAUCCUUGGGAGUUUUGAACGUCUUUUGUGGUGAUGGGUGGUGUUGAAGGACAUUUUCCUCUGAAUGGAGUCAUGAAGCAGCAAUGUAAUACACUCAAGAGUCAUAUAUUAAUUUAAGAAACACCAUCCACCCCCAUGCCAUGGAUCAUGGCUUCAACCAAAGCCCUGUAAACAUCAAAUUCUCCAUCAGGCAUUGUUGAUCCCCUGGGAGUACAAUAUUUGCUACUUGGUUGCUGCAGUUGGAUUCACUGCAGCAGUAGCAGAGUGCCAAGGUUGAGUCCUGUUGCCACCGUGGCUGGGCUGAACAGCCACGUGUGCCUCUCCUGCUCUUGUAUUGCCUGGAAGUGCACACACUGGGAAGCACAAAGGAAGCUGGGGCCAUGGCCCCUUGCCAUCACCAGUUAGUCUACCCCUGGGUGGAUCAGCCCUUCUGGUUAAACGGGUCACUGCCCUUCCUCUUUGGGCCUUCCCCAUCAUCACCGAACGAGACUGCCAGCGAGAUGAGUCAAACCGUCAGACAACAUCUGCACCCUCCACACACGUCCAUGCGCUUGGAUAGUUCAACUGGUGGGCUCAGCCCAGGCAGCGGAAGCAAAGAAACCCUGGUUGACUGGGGGGGCGUCUGGUAGCUGAACCUUUUCAGUGUCCCAAGCACAGCUGGGUGAUCUGGUUCAUUUUUGACUGAUCCCAGAAGGUAGACAAGGCCUGUGAAGACAGCAGUGAGAGGAAGUUUGGCCUUGAAUGGAUGUACUCUACCAGGGUUUGAGGUCUGCUGACCUGGAGACUCCUGUAUAACUCCAUGCCCUCAUCAUCAGCUCUGGAUCUGAAAAGGUGCCUGAGAAAACAGCUUCAUUAGUAACCCUGAAGCAGUCACUCAGUGCUGAAGUGCCAAGCAUUAGAAAGAGUCCGUGAAGAAAUGGAAAGGCAGGAUGUUGAGUUUCCGGCCACGUGACUUUCAGCUUACAUCCCUGAGUUUCUGAGAAACCACAGGAGGCUGAGACCUAAAGGGAAGGUGCAGAGGCUCUGAGAGGAGAGGCAGCGAAAGUGCUGGACUGCUGGGCAGGAGGACAGGAGCUUCUGGGACAAGUAAGAGUAGGAAGCCAAGGGUCACAUCAGAGGUGACAGAGGAGGGCAGAGGAGAGGCAGAGAAGCAAGACAGAAAGUAGUCACACCAAGAGCACAAAGGAAGCUGAAGAGACCCUGGGAGCCAGAAACAGCAGCCAUGCCCCACAGCUCUGACAGCAGUGAUUCCAGCAGCUUCAGCCAGUCGCCCCCUCCCAGCAAGCAGGACUCUUCUGAUGAUAUGAGGAAAGUCCAAAGGAGGGAGAAGAAUCGAAUUGCUGCCCAGAAGAGCCGCCUGAGGCAGACCCAGAAAGCAGACACGCUGCACUUGGAGAGUGAAGACUUGGAGAGGCAGAAUGCUGCCCUGCGCCGGGAGAUCAAGCAGCUGACAGAGGAAAUGAAGCACUUCACCUCGGUGCUGAGCUCCCAUGAACCGCUGUGCUCCAUCCUGACAUCCCCUCCACCGCCUCCAGAAGUGCUUUAUGCCACACACUCCUUUCACCAGCCCCACAUUAGCUCCCCACGCUUCCAGCACUGAGCCAGCCAGCAGGAGAGCAGCCUGCCAGCUCCACUGACAGCAAGAAGUAACUUUGUGGGGCUUGCAUUCCCAUCCAAGGGAAGGAAUUGGACACAUGGACAUUCCUUCUUAAAGUAUGUAUUCUGAGUGAUUUGCCUAAGACUUGCUCCCUUGUACAGAAAUGGCAGAGCCACCAUGAAGCAUCUUUGGACAGUUUCCAGCUUGGAUUCUGGGAGGAAGAGGCAGUCACAAAAGGGCACCAACCCCCUUCUCUGGUCCUUGUCUGGGGAGACUCACAGGAGUGUGUGGCACCGGCAGCCUCCAUAAGAGCAGCUGGCCAUGGCAUGCAACAGUUAGACCUCCAGGAAGAGGAAAGGGAGCAGGGAUGGAGGGGAAGGUUGGGGGCCACAGAGUGUCAGGGCAAAAUUGGUUUAUUUUUGUAAAAUAAAGAUUGAAAAUGC